AUGCUGCGGAGCCUGCUGCGACGCUCGCCGUGCUCGGGCCGGGGACUGCUGCGCCCCGCGCGCUGCUUCUCGUCGCUGGCGGACGACGCGGAGCCGCGGCGCUUCCUGGAGGACCACCCGCGGCUGCGCAUCGCGCUCGUGGGCCGCACCAACGUGGGCAAGAGCACGCUCUUCAACCGCCUGACCAAGACGCGCUCCGCCAUCGUGCACAACGUGCCGGGCACGACGCGCGACCGCCGCUACGCGCGCGCGACGCUGGCGGGGCUGGAGCUGGACGUGGUGGACACCGGCGGCCUGGCCGACGCGCCGUCCGGGACGCUGGAGCAGGGCAUGCUGGAGCAGACGCGGCGCGCCGUGCACGAGGCCGACCUCGUCUUCUUCCUGGUGGACGGCCGCCAGGGCGUGACCCACGUGGACACGCACUUCGCGCGCUGGCUGCGCAGAGAGAACACCAAGGCGCCCGUGCACCUCGUGGCCAACAAGCUGGAGGGCGACCCCGCGCGCUGGGAGAGCGAGCUCAACGACUGCUACCAGCUCGGCAUGGGCGGCGCCAUCCCGCUGUCCGCGGAGCACGGCGAAGGCCUCACGCUGCUGCUGGACGAGAUCAUCCCCGAGUACGAGAAGUUCGAGAAGCUCAAGGAGAUGAAGGAGGCGCAGCUGAAGCAGGAGGAGGGAGAGCAGCAGCAAGAGGAGGAGGAGGACGAUGAUCCGCGCACGAUCAAGCUGGCGAUUGUCGGCCGCCCGAAUGUUGGCAAGUCGACGCUGCUCAACAAGAUCGUACGCAACGACCGCGUGCUCACGGGCCCCGAGUACGUGCCGUGGACGUUCCACGGACGACCCAUCAAGCUUGUGGACACGGCGGGCAUCCGACGAUACAGCAAGCGCGACCACGAUGACCAGAUCGAGAACCUGUCGGUGCGCGACGCCUUCCGCGCGAUCGACUCGGCUCAAGUUGUGGUUGUGGUGGUUGACAUGAGCGAGCCCAAGCUCAUCCACAUGGAUCUGACCAUCGCUCAGCGCGUGAUCGAAGAAGGCCGUGCACUGGUGCUCGCAGCCAACAAGAGCGAUCUGGCUGGUGCUAACGUUGAGCUCGAGAUGCAGCGUAUCCAGGACGAGUUGCAGGACUCGCUCGCGCAGGUGCGUGGCGUGCCCGUGGUGCCUAUUUCGGCGCUCACGGGCAAUGGCAUCAAGAAGCUGGUGCCGGAGGUGCUCAAGGCGUACGAGAAGUGGGACCUCCGCGUGACCACCGGCCGCCUGAACCGGUGGUUGAAGGCCAUGGCGCGCCACCACCCGCCGCCGACGGUCAAGGGCAAGACGCUGAACGUCAAGUAUGCGACGCAGGUCAAGUCCCGCCCGCCCACGUUCGCCGUGUUCGUCAGCAAGCCGUCCGACGUGCCCGAGGCGUACCAACGGUUCUUGCUGUCCCAGCUGCGCGAGGAGUUCGACAUGGUGGGCGUGCCAGCCCGCCUGCUGCUGCGCGGCAACAAGGAGAACCCGUUCGAGAAGCGCAAGAAGUUCCAGCAGCGCACGAGCAGCAAGGCGAAUCUGACCAGAAAGCAGAAGAAGGGCCACUUCACGCCUCGCCGCUUCAAGGGCAAGAAGUAG